AUGACGUCACAGGAGUUUGCCGAAUCGCCUGGCGACGGCGAGGAGGAGAGACUGUUAUCAGUGGAAGCAGAAGCCGCAGUUCGCGAAGUGUCUUUCGCAGUUGAUCACGUGAGCAUAUCUGGAACCUUGCCUUGCAAUUCGGACAUAGUCUAUCUGAACAUGCGCACGAAAGAACAAAAGAUAUUCUGUGUGCAGCUGACUAUAGAGGGCUUUGCUAUCGUAGGCGAACAGUUCGACUCACCCUCUGUGAAUGAGAAGAAAGAUUUGGUGUUUUAUGAGACUAUUUAUCAAUUGCUGGAUUCGAACAGCGAGCAAUAUCGACAUUCUUUCGGAAUGGCUUUAUCGGAAAAGCUUGAGAAAAUAGCGAAGUGUUCUUAG